UGCGAUUUGUCAGGAAAUUUUGGUCGAUCACAAGAUUGGCUCCCUCCGCAUUGGAAAGGGGUUUGGAUCCCCUUGUUCUCCUUUCAAUCUGAAGACAAAGGAUCGUCCGGGCUUCGCAUCGCAUAUGAACUAUACUGAGCCGCAUUGAGUUUGUCGUUCCCAACCUGGCCGUCUUCCUUCCCUCGGACAGAACAGCACUCAUCUACCCCAAAAAUGGCGCAGAACAAUCUCGAAGAGCUAUACGAAGAGUAUCUUCGAUUUGCUCUCGACCUCGGUCGCAAGGGCGGAGAUAUGAUCAAGGCUGGUCAAGCGAAGCGGUUUGAAACGUUUGCGACGGUCGAGACCAAGACCACGGCGACCGACUUCUUGACCGAGACCGACCUUGCCGUGGAGGCCAUGAUCCACAAAGCCAUCAGCGAGACGUACCCUCAGCACAAGUUUGUCGGUGAGGAGAGUCACAAGGGAGGUAAGGUCGAGUUGGAUGAUGAGUGGACCUGGAUCAUUGAUCCGAUUGAUGGAACGAACAACUUCAUUCAUGGCUUCCCAUACGUCGGCUGCUCUAUCGGUCUCACACACAAGAAAAUCCCGGUAGUGGGAGUCAUUUGUCAGCCUUUCCUCAACGAGCUGUACUGGGCCAAGACUGGAGGUGGAGCGUUCUUGAACGGGAUCCGCCUGGGUGCUCGGCCUCAACAUUUGAAGGAUCUCAGCGAGUGCAGCGUUUGUCUGCAAUGGGGCAGCGGAAGAAAGCCAGAGAUCAUGGAACCCAAAUAUGACAAUGCGAAAAAGUUGUAUGCGGGGCGGGAGGCCGGAGGCAAGGAAGUUCACGCUAUCCGGAUCAUCGGCAGCUCGACCGGAGCCCUAGCCUGUCUUGCUUCGGGACAGAUCGAUGUCGUUCAGGACGCCCUCAACCAGCCUUGGGAUGUCUGCGCUGGCAUGGUGAUCAUCCAAGAGACAGGCGGAUUUAUCUGUGGCAGCAAGCAGAACUUCCUUGAGGGCAAGAAGGAGACCCUCGGAGAGAUCAUGCUGGGCAGACGGUACUGCUUCAUCCGGGCCGUCGCGCCUAGCGAGACCGAGACCUCCGUCGAAAUCCAGAGAAGGAUUGCUACAGAGAUGUACGAGACGAUCGAAGAAUGGCCGAGGCAAUGAAGCGAUCUCGACUAUGCUUCUGGCAUCAUGCAAACUGUACUGUCGUGAUAUGUAUGAAAUCUAUGAUGC